AUGAACGGAACUGGCGGCAAUGGUGCUGGCGGGCCGUGUCAGGGUGGUGGUGGUGGUGGCUACGGACCCGGUCGAGGCGGCGGCAACGGUCCUUGGUGGGACGACGACGACGACGACAAUGAGUCUUCUAGCAGUGAUUUUCCUGGACCGCCUUUCGGUAACGGAGGGGGUCGAUUUGGAGGGCCGUGGUGGCUGGAUACGAACGCGACGGACGAGAGUCAUCCGUGCUGGAACGAAAGCAGCCCUUGCUUCAACGCCACGGGCCGAUGGGGGCCCUGGUGGCUGGACGAGAACGCUACAGCGCCGCCCUGCUUGAACGGAACCGGGCCGUGCUAUAAUGGGGAUGGAUCUGGCUGGGGUUUCGGGGGUCCCUGGUGGCUGGACGAGAACGGCACUGCUCCUUGUGUCAACGGAACAGAGCCGUGCUUUAACGGAACGGGGCCUUGCAAUAACGGAUCUGGAUGCGGAAGGGGAGGGUUUGGGAGAGGCGGGUUUGGGAGGGGCGGGGGAUUUGGGCGGGGUAACGGUCCCUGGUGGUGGGACGAGGAUGACGUGGAGGCAUUUAACAGCACCACGUGGCCUUGCAUGAGCGGAAACGGCAGUGGGUAUGGUCCUGGCGCUGGAGGUGGUUUUGGCAGCGGUUUUGGUCCUGGUGCUGGUGCUGGGUUCGGAAAUGGUCAGGGAGGAGGCAACGGCUACGGGAAUGGAUAUGGUAACGGAUCUGGGAUGGGUCCUUGUGUGAACGGCUCGGAUGGCUCCACACCCUGCUGCAACGGAUCUGGACCGUGUGUGAAUGGGAGCGGUGGUGGUAACCCGUGGGUCAACAGCAGCGGAGGAGGAGGAUUCGCGUGUGGUGCUGCGGACCCUGCCCUUGGGAACAUGACAGGUCGGGUGAGAGCGUCCCUCGCCAGCUGCUCUCCAGAUGCUCCUCUGCUGUCUGGAGGCUCCUUCUUCCUCUCCAUCUUCAAGAACGCCACUGGCCAUUACAACCUCCAUUACACCGUAGUUAUCCGUAACGUCACCUCUGCCUCCUCCGUCCCCGAUACAAUCACACUCGUUAAGAGCAGCACUGCCUGUAACAACUCUGCCCCCACCCUCUUCUCUUUCCCUGUUGCCGCCGACGAAUGGGAGCUCGCCAACUCAACGGGCGGCCCCGCCAGGUGGGGUCUCUACACCACCGUCACUGUAGCUCGGCUCUUUGACACCUUAGAGGAUGUCGAUGCUGCUACAAUCGAGGAUAUUCUGGCCGGAGUUCCCAAUGCUACUGUACCUGAGGAUUGGGCGAAUGGUGUGAGGGGAUGGGGCCAGGGUUCGCUGUGCGCUUGCUGGCUUGCUGUGUGCUCACUGGCUUGCUGUGUGCUUGCUGGCUUGCUGUGUGCUCACUGGCUUGCUGGUUAG